ACUAUCUUUCCUUUUUACAGACUCUUUGGCUCCUGCUCCCUUUGGCAAAUCUCGCGAUAGGAGCCCUCCGCGUCACUACGUAAUGUGCCGUGCUGCUUCUAGCGGCGCUGGUGACAGUGCUGAAAGCUGUUGGGUAUGAAGUGAAACGGAACUGAAUUUUUGUACCAUCCGCAACUGCUUCAACGUUCAGAUCACAAGAAAGAAGCCUGAAAAUCUCCAAAAAACGAAACAAGCAACGUCACAUACCGGAUCAUUUCAAGGGUUUGACCAGGGAAACAAGAAGUAAACCAAAAACCUUGUAUUGACCAAAGACAAACAUCAGGCCAGUCGACACAAGCAGAAGAUAAGCAAAUCCUAAGCCCAAGCAUACUUUGAGAAAACGACAACUGAUCUGAAACCAGAAGUUUGUGCCUACUCAACAGCUUUGACAAAGCACACGUCCCAACGCUGCUCCUAGCCCUCCUCAUCCUCCCCACACCACCAACUCACCAUUGGGGUGUGGAGUGAGCUGCUCCUUUAUUUUUUCCAUCAUAGCUCCCUACAAUUUCCGCCUCCUUCUCCCACUCUUUUCAUCGUAGUUUUUUUAAGCCCUGUUUUUCCACUGCAUAUUUUUGCGUUCCGUUUCUCCCUCCUUUUGCUUGAUGCAAGCAUCUAGAACCCGUGCCACAGGCCUGUAACUAGUGUGUGUGUAUGCGCGCAUGUGUGAAUGUGUGUGUGUGAAGUGAUCUGCAGGAAGCGCACAGUCCUCAAGAACCUGAGAAUUCCCUUUCAAGACUACAAAGAUGAGUUUUGACCCGGGCAUGCUCCACAACAACGGGCACAGCGCCUAUGCCAACGGCUCGGGGCCCGGCAUUAGAGAGACGGGCGUGAUCGAGAAGCUCCUGACCUCCUACGGUUUCAUCCAGUGCUCCGAGCGCCAGGCCCGCCUUUUCUUCCACUGCUCGCAGUACAGCAACAUGCAGGACCUCAAAAUCGGAGAUGAUGUUGAGUUUGAGGUGUCCUCUGACAGGCGCACUGGCAAGCCCAUAGCAGUCAAGCUGCUUAGAAUUAAGCCAGAGGUGCUGCCAGAGGAGCGCAUUUCAGGCCAGGUGGGGCCAGACCUGCACGCCUAUCCCUUUACUGUGCUGCAUGGUUAUAUUCAUCCAGUUGUCGCAUCAAUUCCUGGUCAUUUGGAUGGGAAGGCUGCACCCGGCCAGGUGCCCUCUGGAAGUGUUUGCUACGAAAGGAAUGGGGAAGUGUUCUACCUGACCUACACUGCAGACGACGUGGAGGGCAACAUCCACCUGGACACAGGUGACAAAGUGGUCUUUUAUAUGGAGACCAACAAGCACACUGGUGCGGUCAGUGCUCGCAACAUUCAACUGGUGACCAAAAAGCAAAUGAGGUGCCAGGGUGUGGUGUGCGCGACCAAGGAGGCUUUUGGAUUCAUUGAGAGGGCUGAUGUGGUGAAGGAGAUCUUUUUUCACUACAGCGAGUUUAAGGGCGAUCUGGAGGCCCUGCAGGCGGGAGAUGACGUGGAGUUCACCAUCAGAGAUCGAAACGGCAAAGAGGUGGCGACAGAAGUGAGACUGCUCCCCCAAGGAACCGUCAUCUUUGAGGAUAUUAGCAUCGAGCAGUUUGAAGGCACCGUCGUCAAGGUCAUCCCCAAGGUCCCCACCAAAAACCAGAAUGACCCCCUUCCAGGUCGCAUCAGUGCCCGCAUUAGUUUCAAUGACAAAGAGCUGCCGUUUGGCGAGAAGGACACAAAUUCCAAGGUGACCCUUUUGGAGGGAGACCACGUCCAGUUCAACAUUUCCACUGACAGGAGAGACAAGCUGGAAAGAGCCACCAACAUCGACAUCCUCCCGGACUCCUUCGGCAUCACUAAAGAGACUCGUGAAAUGGGUGUGAUUGCUGCGAUCCGUGACGGCUUCGGCUUCAUUAAAUGUGUGGAUCGGGACGCUCGGAUGUUCUUCCACUUCAGCGAGGUCCUGGAGGAGACUCCGCUGCACAUUUCUGACGAAGUGGAGUUCACCGUCGUGCCCGAUAUGCUGUCGGCGCAGAGGAACCACGCAGCGCGCAUCAAGAAGCUGCCCAAAGGCACGGUGUCGUUUCACACCCAGUCUGAGCAGCGCUUUAUGGGCGUGGUGCAGAGGGACGUCGCGGCAGCCGGCGCCAAAAAUGCCAGUCCCAGCAAGAGCAAAGAGAAGGAAGCUGAGGAUGGAGUGAUCGCGUAUGAGGACUGUGGCGUGAAGCUCACAGUGCCAUACCACGUGAAGGACCUGGAGGGAGCUUAUCUCCCACAGGCUGGGGACAAGGUGGAGUUCUCUAUCAACGAAGUGAAAAGAAGCGGCCAGCAGAGUGCGGUCUCCAUCAGGGUCAUGAACCGCAACACCUCCAACGCCAAGCGAUUGCAGGGCUUCAUCGCCACACUCAAGGAUAACUUUGGCUUCAUUGAGACGGCCGAUCACGACCAGGAGAUCUUCUUUCACUACAGUGAAAUGAGCGGGGACCUGGAUAGUCUUGAGCUUGGCGACACAGUGGAGUACACGCUCUCAAAGGGAAAAGGAAAUAAAGUCAGUGCUGAAAGAGUGGACAAAGUGGCCGCAGUCAAUGGCAUUGGUGAAGAUGUUGGUACCACAGUGAUGACUGGCAAAGUCAUCCGUCCCAUACGCAGCGUGGACCCCUCUCAGACGGAGUACCAAGGGCUGAUAGAAGUUACAGAAGAAGGUGACGGUAAAGGCCAGACCUACCCCUUUGGAAUCAUGGGUAUGGCUAAUAAGGCCUACUGCCUGCAGAAAGGAGAACCGGUGAAGUUCCAGGUUUGCACAAUAUCCCAGACUGGACAGAAAAUGGCCUGCAAUGUGGUCCCGCAGCGGUGCGCCUUGGUGGAGUGUGUCAAAGACCAGUUCGGUUUCAUCACAUACGAAGUCGGCGAGAGCAAGAAGCUGUUCUUCCAUGUCAAAGAAGUGCAAGACGGCCUGGAGCUCCAGACCGGAGACGAAGUGGAGUUCUCGGUGGUCUUCAAUCAACGCACGGGAAAAUGUAGUGCCUGUAACGUGCGCAGAGUCAGUGAGGGGCCCAAACCUGUGGUCACCCCGCGCCCAGACCGUCUGGUCAACAGAUUGAAGAGCAUCACUCUGGACGACGCCAGCGCCCCGCGUCUCGUCAUCGUUCGACAGCCCCGUGGUCCGGACAAUUCAAAGGGCUUCAAUGUGGAGCGCAAGACUCGCCAGCCUGGAGUCAUUGACUGAGUCAUGUGCUGGUAGGAGGGGGGGUGUAAAACAAAUGACCUCACCAAAUUGACCUAUAGAAAUCCUUCUGGCCAUCCUUGUCUCCAGUCUCUGUGUGUGCACGUGUGAAAUCUGACUGUGUGUCCCAACCUUUCCUUCUCUGCGUACUUUGGAAUUCUGCACCUGUAAAUGUCUGCCUGCAUGACUUUAGAAGCCAGGAUUUGUGUUGGUCUCCUUUGGACUGUGAGGUUUGUGACAAAUGGCAUCAAGCAAAGUUCCCUCCAUCAUUUUUCUCAUACUUGCGACUGAGCAUUAUUCUUCUUUUUCCUCUUCUGCUCCUUUUUUGGAACAUGUUUUACCUAACGGCUUUCUGAAAGCAAGCAAGGCGUGUGUGUGUGUCUUUAAGAGAUUUACUUUUACCAACCUGGAGCCUUAAAGAUACUUGUUCUUGGUAUACACAAGCUCCACUAAAGCAAUUUCUCCCAGGUGCAGAAUUCCUUCUUUUCUACAUUUGUUGUCCUUUUUCAUUUAAAGUCAUUGAAUAACAAGGUGCCUAAAAACAACUGGUGAAAAAGAUCAAGAACAAUCUUAGAUGGCUUUGGUAUCUAAUAGAUGACAAUGAUAUGCACAUGUGUGCUUUUUCUUUUCCUUAGUACCAAUCAGACUUCAUAUAGCAAAACAAAUUUAACUUCAUGGGGGUGGGGGAGGAAAACAAGUAAGGUAUCGGAAAUAAAAAGAAUAUAAAGAGGAAUGAGGACAUUUAGACGGGAAAGAAAAAGAAUAUAAAGAAGAAUGAGGACAUUUGGACUAGAUGUCUCUGAUAGGAAGAACUCUCAGCCAUCACCACGUACAGACAUCAUGGUCUGGAAUGAAUAAACACAUUAAAAGUUUUAUGAAACUCCGC